AUGGAGACGGACAAGGUGCGAAGAGGACCGCAAGUCAAAAUGUUCGGCGACGAAAAGUGCCAGAUUUGCAAACGUAAAGCGGACGGAUAUCAUUACAAUGUUCUCAGUUGCCAAGGCUGCAAGGGAUUCUUCAGAAGAACCGUCUUGUCCAAGUUGGAAUAUGUUUGUAAAAACGGACUCGAUAAGUGCGAUCUUGCUGUAGUCGAUCACCCACGACAACGAUGCCAGAAAUGUCGAUUACGGCGCUGCGAAGAAGCUGGCAUGCGCGAUCAGUACGUGCGCCGAAAAAAGAACAGAACUCGCACCCAACGAAUUCUGGAGAACAUGCGCCGCCCGACAGUAAUUGUCAAUCCACUAGUGAAGGAGCAACACAAGCUUAUGGCGGAAGUUCUCAACUGUUUCGAUAAAAUUACCGACAUCGAAUCGCAAAAGCAGGUGCUUGCUCCUCUAUACCUUGCAAUCCAGAAGUCAUCAUCUGCGGCGCAGCAAGAGAAGCUGAAAAUGGAGAGCUUCUUCCAACUCAUUGUGAACUUGAUUGUUAGCUUCGCCAAGAAUCUAUCGCCCUUCAAGGUCUUCUCCUUUGAUGACCAAGUAAAGAUUCUCUCUUCUUCCUUGAUCGAGAUUUUCGUCCUCCAGUCCAUCACCAAGUACGACCCUCUAACAAAAUGCGUCACAACCUUUGAUGGUUCAGUCAUCAACCAAGCCCGACUGAGCGGUCUUUCAACGCAGGAGUUUGGCAAAAGCGUGUUCGAAACGUUCGCUCGAAUAAAGAAAACUGCUUCUUCGACGCACCUCUUGGCGCUGUUGACUGCGCUGACCUUAUUUAGUCCAGACAGAAACUAUUCCAAGGAACUAGACGCCAAGGUUGAUAAUGUGCAGCAACACUACAUCGACCUCCUGAGACAAUUCAUCGCGCGCAACCAUCCUCUAGAAAAGAAACUCUUGCCUCGGUUACUAAUGCUUCUCACGUAUCUGCGACAAUUUAGUGAUCACUCGAUGAUACAGCACAAAGCGACGAUGAAGCCCUUCGAGCACAUUGCGCCGAUGAUGAUCGGGCACAUUUUGAAAACGCCGAAUGUCCCUUUUCCACUUUCAACCACUGUUAUCGGUCGAGACAUGCCUGAAUCUAGUUACAAUUAA